AGCAGCAGCAUAUCUUUCGGGUUCAUUGUCAAUAAUCUCAUCGUUGGUCGAUUCAGCCGUUGAUAUAACAUCGGGUCUGGUGAUUUGGUUAACAGCUCGUGCAAUCAAAAAACACGAUCCAUAUAUGUAUCCGAGAGGGAGAACACGUUUGGAGCCGAUUGCUCUAAUGAUUGUGCAGUCGCUGGAGUCGGUUGUUCAUGGCACAGUUGAUCCACAUGUGGAUCUUAUCUCAUUAUGCAUUAUGAUUGUCACUGUCUUCAUCAAAUUCACUCUCAUGUUCUUCUGUAAAAAGUUAAUAAUAGUAAGCGUGAUCAUGGGUGUUGCUUCAGUUCAGAUGAUUGUGCAAUCGCUGGAGUCCGUAGUUCAUGGCACAGUUGAUCCACAUGUGGAUCUUAUCUCAUUAUGCAUUAUGAUUGUCACUGUAUUCAUCAAAUUCACUCUCAUGUUCUUCUGUAAAAAGUUAGUUUUUUUUUGGUCUAAAUUAAAUGCAAGUAUUUUGAAAAAAAAAAAAACUGCAGUAACCUUAUGCUAUGUCGUUCAGAUUCUCUAA